UAAAAUUACAAUAAGCCCUAGCGAAUUCUAUUUCCCACGCUAGCGCUUAAACCCUCCCCUCCCGUCUAAAACCUUCUCAGCCGAGCUGUUGAGCGCCGCCGCCGCCGUCUUUCCCGAGUUUGCUUCUCCACCGCGCAGCUCUUCAGAGUUCUGAUCUCAGAAGCAAGUUUCUUACAGCCAGAUUUGACCCUCAUCUGUCUGAUUUUGUUCCCAUCUCCUUUAAAGUUACGGCCGAGCCCAACGACCAAAUUGUGCACACUCUGAGUCGAAGAUUGAUAAUGUCCGGUAAAGAUAAGAGUUUGCAUAAUAUGUCGGAUUCGGAAUCUGAACAAGAAGGUGUUGCCAAAGAAGGCAUUGAAUGGAUUAUGAACCUUCCAGACGUACCCAUGAAGCUCCCACCACAUUUGGAAUUGCAGAGAACUCGAGUCGAAUGCAAAGCCGAUGCUCCCAUUCAUACAGAUACCAUACAGUAUUCUGGAGCAUUUGCUUCGAUGGGUGUUGAUAAUAGUUUGCGUCUGGAUUAUUUUCGCAACAACUUUAAAAUUGAAGUUAUUGAUCUCAAAGAGGAUGACAUUGAGUUUGACAUGAUUGGCAUUGAUCCAGCACUUGCUAAUGCAUUUCGAAGAAUCCUGAUAGCCGAGGUUCCCACUAUGGCUAUUGAAAAAGUUCUUGUCGCCAACAAUACAUCAAUAGUCCAAGAUGAAGUGCUUGCCCAUAGGUUAGGUCUCGUUCCAAUUCAUGUUGAUCCAAGGCUUUUCGAGUACUCAGAUAAAGACACACCAAAUGAGAAGAAUACCAUUGUUUUUAGACUGCAUGCUUGCUGUGAACGUGGAAAACAGCGUCUUACAGUGACAUCAAAAGCAUUGACGUGGUUGCCAAAUGGUAGUGAAUUUCCUUUGGUGUCAGACAAAUCAGUUUCAAACUCAAAACCCAAAACCUAUACUUCUUUUAGUUGCAGCCAAGACACACUGCCAGAAUUUUCCAACAAUCCAAUUGGUCCAAAGGACAGUGAUAUUAUACUUGCCAGACUUGGCCCGGGUCAGGAAAUUGAACUUGAAGCUCAUGCUGUUAAAGGUAUGGGUAAAACACACGCUAAGUGGUCCCCAGUGGCUACUGCUUGGUACAGGAUGCUUCCUGAGGUUGUACUCCUGGAGGAGAUAAAAGAUGAGCUAGCUGAAGAAUUAAAAAAGAAGUGUCCCGUUAAUGUAUUUGACAUUGAAGACAUAGCUGGUAAGAAAAGGGCGACUGUAGCACGCCCACGAGCUUGCACAUUGUGUAGAGAAUGCAUAAGAGGAGAUGUCUGGGAGAAACGUGUCGCAUUGCGUCGUGUGAAAGAUCAUUUCAUUUUUAAGAUUGAAUCAACAGGAGCUUUACCUCCCGAGGUGCUAUUCACUGAAGCUGUAAAGAUUUUGGAAGAUAAGUGUGAACGUUUAAUUGCGGAGCUGUCUUGAUUCUUCUUGUCCAAAAGACACGGACCUGUAUAUUAUUUCAUUAUAUUUUUAGAGGUCACCAAUUUUUGUAAAAUAUAUGAGUUGAAUAGUUGAGUUUUUCUUUUUGAAUUGACAGUGGAAUAGGAUCACCAAUGGAUUACCAAAGGUAUCUUGGACUA